AUGAGUGGCAAUGAGUGUAAAGAACCCAAACCCAACCCCAACCCUGGUCCAAAUCCUGACCCUGACCUUAAUCUCAACCCAGAACCUAAACGCAACCCUAACCCUUGUCCAAAUCCUAACCCUGACCUUAACCCCAACCCAGAACCCAAACCCAACCCUCACCCUGGACCUAGCCCUAAGCCUGGUCCAAAUCCUAACCCUGACCUUGACCUCAACCCAGACCCUAAAUCCAGCCCUCACCCUGUGUUUUUUCCCGUCACCCUCGGCGGUGAGGCGGGUCACGUGAGCGGCGCAGUGUUUGUUGCAGGAAGUGAGCACAGUCCAGUGAAGAUGGCGUUGCUGACCGAGUCCGUGCUGGGCUGGUCCAUAUUCACCGCAGUGCUGCUGGUCAUCCUGGCCUUCUGCUGGGUCUACAUUCGGAAAUACCAGAGUCGGCAGGAGAGUGAGGUCAUCUCCACCAUCACGGCGAUAUGUGCUCUGGCCAUCGCACUGAUCACCUCCGCUCUCCUCCCAGUGGAUAUCUUUCUAGUGUCCUUCAUGAAGUAUCCAAAUGGCACUUACAAGGACUGGGCCGCAAGCAAUGAAACAAGGAGACAGAUUGAAGACACGGUCUUAUACGGCUACUACACUCUUUAUUCGAUCAUCCUCUUCUGCGUCUUCUUCUGGAUUCCGUUUGUUUACUUCUACUAUGAAGAGAAGGACGAGGAUAACGUCAGCAAAUGCUUGCAAGCCAAAAACGCGCUGAGGUACACGGUUGGGUUUGUCGUCGUGUGCGCUGCACUUCUCUUAAUUGGGGCCUUCGUACCACUGCAGCCUCCACCCAGUCAGAACUCCACCCAGUGGGAGAAGGUGAAGUACCUGUUCGAGGAGCUGGGCAGCAGCAAUGGCCUGGAUGCCCUGUCUUUUUCGAUCAGCUCCCUGACCUUGAUUGGCAUGCUGGCCGUGAUCACGUACACGGCCUAUGGCAUGUCCGUGCUGCCCCUCAACCUGAUCAAAGGCACGCGCAGCGUCCUGUACGAGCGGCUGGAGAACACCGAGGACGUGGAGGAGGUCGAGCAGCAGAUAGACAAGAUCAAAGCCAAGUGUGAGGACGGCAGGCCUCUCUCUCUGAGAGAUCGGAGGAAUCUUCAGGAGCUGGAGGCUAAGCUCCAGACCCUGCAUCGCCGGGGCCGUCACCUCGAGAUCGCCGAGAGGAGCUGCUGCACUAAGGUGGGCAGCGCCCUCCGCCCCCUGAAGAUUUUGCUGGGAGUCUUCUUCAUCCUGGUGGCGCUGCUCUUCACCAUAGCCUUGUUCAUUUCCAAUCUGGACAAAGCUUUGCACUCAGCUGGAAUCAGCACCGGCUUCAUCAUCUUCGGAACCAACCUGACGAACCCCCUCAAUGAGCUGCUGCUGGCGCUCCAACCGGUUUUCCCUCUGGACUAUGUGCUCAUCACGGUCAUCACCAUGUACUUCGUCUUCACCUCCAUGGCGGGCAUCCGGAAUAUGGGCAUCUGGUUCUUCUGGAUCAGGCUGUAUAAGAUCCGGCCUCAAAGAACCCGUCCUCAGGCGCUGCUCUUCCUCUGCAUGAUCCUGCUCCUAAUUGUGCUUCACACCAGCUACAUGAUCUACAGCCUGGCCCCGCAGUACGUCAUGUACGGCAGCCAGAAGUACCUACUGCAGACCCCACUGUCAGUGGAUCCCUCACCAGGAAAUCAGACUGCUGCAACCACCAAGAUUUGUGACGCAGAUGCUCCAGAAGAUCAGUGCACGGUGACCAGAUCGUACCUUUUCCUUCACAAGUUUUGGUUCUUCAGCACCAUCUACUACUUCGGCAACUGGGCCUUUCUUGCAGUGUUCCUGAUCGGUUUGGUGGUGUCGUGCUGCAGAGGGAAGAAGUCGGUGAUCGAAGGUGAAGUGGAAGCAGACGACUCGGACUUUAGUGAUGAUGAGUAUGCGCACUGAGAAGGCAAAAAAAAGACACUGCUCGUUUAUUUACACUAGGAGUGUCUUUCUCUUUGUUGCACACUGGAUCUUAAACCUAUCCCGACAUAAUUUACACCUCUUUUUGGUCGUUUUUGUUCAUUUGUUCUUUUUUUUGGUAGGUGUUCGCUCUUAAAACGGAAGGUUCCUAAAGAGUGAGUAGGUACGGGGAAAAGACUUCAUUGAUAUAGAACCUGUACAUUAUGCAGAGGUUCUUUAAGGGUCUUCACACUCGCAGAUGUGGACCUUUAAAGAACCAUGCACUGAACGGUUCUUGGAGGAACCAACACUUACUGGCACCUUCAUUUUUAACAAUGUCUCAUCUGAAGAGUGUGAAAUGAGCCUGUUGGCUGAAAGCUCAGUCGUCCGUGCUCUAAAUCUGGGUCAUAUUUAAAUUGUGUUGAAAUGAAAAAAGAGCCACAAAUUCUUUAUUUCUUUGUACGAAGCAUAUCGUCACUGUUAAAAAAAGAAAUAUUUAAAAGUAUCUCCGUUUUUUCCUAUGAAUGGACCAGCAGAAAUGAUCCAGAAUGAUUUGGAAUAAAUUCAUUUUACAUUAACUUGCAUGGAAAGUUAGGAACAUUUCAGUCUUUUUCUAAAAAGUUACUAUUUUGGAGACUUUUUUUGGACAGUAAUGAUGUGAAAAAGACUCAGAUUGCAUAGGACUGUUUAAACGUGCCAGCAUAAAGAUUUCACGGCAGUGUGGAUCCUAAUCAUUGUUUGGUCAAACAUAAUGGUCUAACAUUUAUUUCUUUUUUCAUUAACAACUGACGUACAAGGUAAUGCGCAUGCUGCACUGUUAUUUGGACCAAUGAAUCAACUUCAAGGCUUCUGUUUUAAAGCUGCAGUCAGUAAGAUUGCCUUGUGUGCAACUGAAACCAAACAGGGCCUCUUUCAGUCCACUGAGGUGCAGUAUUUUAUGUAAUAUUAUAUUUAUGCGAAAACAGAGUAACACUUUACGGUAAGGCAGUAUUAAUAAGGCUGCAUGACGCCUACAUAGCUGACAACCUACAUAAACAUUUAUAAAGGUUUAUUCUAAUGAGCAUCGUCUGUCAUAAAGGCUGCUUUUGUCAUCUCUGAUGUCAACCUGACUGAAAAUCCAUGUCAGAUGACAGUUUUUCUGACUUUUUCACGUUAAAUGACAUUGCAUGACAUACCAGUUGACUACUAGCGUAUAACACAAUGACAUAAUACUGAUGUGACAAAGCUUAGAUCUCAUAAAUGGUACAAUGAAAGUCCCUUAAGGGCCAUGUAAAAAUGUUCAUUUGGUUCAGCCAGCUUGACGUAGCAAGUUAUGUCAUAUUGAAGGGCAAUUCCACCAAUUUUUCAAAAUUCCUGCUUAUUUAAGUGGUGAAGAUGUAAACAGACUUGUUCAGAGUGGUUUGGUGUGAAAUGCUCCUUUCUAGAGAAACUGAAUUGUUCAUAGUGGUGGUGAUAGGAACCAGACGUCCCCCUCUAAAAGCUCCCUCACAGAAAGUUACUACAUGAAAUGGUUAUGAAUUCACUGCCUGAUGACUGAGACACUGUUUUAUGAUAGUUUAGAGAACUUAAACUCCAUUCAUGGUGGAGGGAUACAUGCAGGGUGCUGUGAGGCAAAAUAGUCCCCAAAGAAAACUUAUUAUUUCAGAUUUUCCACUGUAAAGACACCUGAACCAUUUCACCCCAACCCACUCUGGAAUUCCCCUUUAAUAGCAUUAUGUCACUGUGAUGUACACAAAGCUACAAAGUCCACCAUUUCACCCCAGAUUGUGUCAUGAUACAAAUUAAUCUAGACACAGAUACAGAUCUCGAUAGAUGAGGUUGGCCAAUGUGACCUUUAUGACAAAUGACAUCUAUCGGAAUAAGUGUUUAUGUAGGCCUAUGUUGGCCUAUGAAGGUCUUAUGUCGGUGUCGUAUAGCCUUACAAACACUGCCCUACAGUAAACUGUUAUUAAAACAAAAAAGCAAUGGUUAUGACCUCUUGGCAGGGUUGGUUAGCAGCUAAUUCAACAGAAAAGCAUAAAUCUUACAGAGUGUAGCUUUAAAUGUCCUUGGAAUGAAACCAAAUGUAGUUUGAGACUGAAUAAUGUUGACUUUUUCAUUUUUUUUCCAAUUAUAAAUUAAGAAAUAUGGCGCUAAAGACAGUAGGAUCCUUCUUAUUCUGAUUUAUUUAUUUUUAAAACGUCCCGAUGCUGUCUAUAUUUCUGAGGAUGAUGUUCCAGUAUUAUGUAAAAAAACAAAAAAAACAAAUCGCAACUUAAUCAGUGAAACUGAAAUGGUACCGUACAUAACAUACUAAUGUUAUGAUUCUGUGAACGCUUGCUGAUUUAAGCUUAAUGCUCGAUGCGUAGAGAUUAUUUUUGUUUCAACUGCAGUUUUAUUAUACUAAACGCUUUGAGUUUCACAUACGAUGUAAAGAUCAGUGAGAACGAUGGUGUUGCUAUUUUGGAUUUUUCUGAAUGUCUGUGUUAAUGGAACCCUUUUUGAAUGGUUAUGUCAUUAAAUAAAGACUAAAACUAA